GCACAUUAGCCGAAUAACGUUGAACGAAACCGCUCGGCUCAUCUUUUCCGCCGGUUUCGCGUGCCUGUUGGUCGUUUAUCAAAUCUGUCAAACCGAGCAACAACAAAAGCAUGUGCGCAGUGCGGUUAUCCACUUCCCGACCGCGACCAAUUUCUGCUUCGCUUUUUCCUCUCCAUACUGUGUCCUGUGAGUCCUUGCUGCUAUCAAACCAUUUCCCCGCUUAGAAUAGGUUGUAUGUAGAAAAGCCCAUUGUGUUCUUUUGCAAGCGAUUACGCGAGUUUCGCGUUCUGGUGUAGUGUCCUUUCCAACAGUUUUACGGCUAUAAGGACGACAGACAAAAGGAAAACAUGAGCGACGAAGACGAUUGCCCACCACUCUGUGAGAUGGACACGGUCGAUUCGAACGGUGAAGAUGAUGACUGGGAAGUGGCCGAGGAGCAGAAUGAGCCGGUAAAGUGCUUGUUCUGUGAAACAGUGUCCCCAACGAUGACCGUAGCGAUAAGGCAUGCGAAACAGCAGCACGAUUUUGAUCUGGCCGGCAUACGGCGCAAGUUUCAUUUGGAUGAGUAUUCGUACAUCAAAAUGAUUAACUACAUUCGGCGGGAGCGACCAAAGCCGGAGCAGUUUAAAAAGGAUCCCGGAAGUAGUGCACUGCCGUGGGCUGACGAUAAGUACUUGAAGCCGGUAGCCAACGAAACGUGGCUAAUGUUCGAUCUGGAUGAGUUGGAUGAAAUUAUGCUGAGCAAUGGCGGCAGUGGUGGUGGCGGCGGUGGCACUGGUGCUAGCGGUAAUGGCGUUUCAGGCGAGAAAGAAAACGGCAACGAUAUCGGUGAAACGAUGACACUCACCACUGAUCAGUACCGGAAGCUGCAUGGCAUCAUCAACGACUUGACUGCUCAGCUUCGUGAGAAGGAAAAUCUACUUCAACAUGCCGCUAGCAGCAUCGAGAAGAUGAAGGCUAGCUUCCGUAACGUGAUCGCCGAACAGCAGCAGCCGAAUACGCAAGACGGUGAUGGUAGCAGUGAGGGUGGCGAUAAGAAAUUGCAGCAAAUUAAAAACAAACUGCAGCACUGUGUUAGCAGCGUUUCGGUGGAUGAUGAUCAGAGCUAUUUCAAUACCUAUUCCCACUUCGGCAUCCACCAUGACAUGUUAAGCGAUGAAGUGCGAACGUCGAGCUACCGAGACGCGAUUCUUCGUAAUGCCGAUAUCAUCAAAGACAAGACGGUGCUUGAUUUAGGCUGCGGGACCGCAAUUCUUUCGAUGUUCGCCUCGAAAGCCGGCGCCAAGGAGGUGAUCUCGGUCGAUCAGUCGGACAUCAUCUACCAGGCGAUGGAUAUCGUGCGCAAGAAUAACAUCGAGAACAUACGAUUCGUAAAGGGCAGGCUUGAGGACACGGAGCUGCCCGUGGAAAAGGUGGACAUCAUCGUAUCGGAGUGGAUGGGUUACUUCCUGCUGUUCGAGGGCAUGAUGGACAGUGUGAUCUACGCGCGGAAACAAUGUCUUCGCGAGGGUGGCUUGAUUCUACCGAAUCGCUGCAAUAUUAGCAUUGCCGGUUAUGGCGACCUCGAGCGUCACAACGAGUUUAUCGGGUUUUGGAAGAACGUGUACGGUUUCGAUAUGUCCUGCAUGAAAAAGGAAGUGUUGCGAGAGGCCACGGUAGAAGUGUGCAAACCCGAACACAUCAUCACCAACGCGAACAUCAUUGCAAAUUUUGAUUUGAUGGAGGUGGACGUUGAUUGUCCCAACUUUAGCUAUAAUUUCGAACUAACGGUAAAGCGGGAUGCGCAGCUAACGGCACUGAUUGGGUACUUCGAUACGUUCUUCGAACUGCCAGAGCAUGUCGAGUUUUCCACGUCGCCGUACACGAGGCCCACGCACUGGAAGCAAACUAUUUUCUACUUGGAAGAGCCGGUUCCAGUUAAAGAGGGACAAUCAAUCGUCGGAAAAUUUGUUUGCCGUCGCGAUCCUAAGGAUGUUCGUUCCUUGUUUAUUAAUAUUGAGUUUUUGAACAUGGUUCUCAAGUAUACACUCAACUAGCAGAUAGGAAUACUGAUCUUGAUAAGCUAAAGCCCCAGUACACAAGAUUAGCAAACCCUUAAAACCAACCAGCAACAGCAACCGUAAACGUGUGGAUAAUCGUGGAUACAAGAAAGCUUUAAAUUUUCGAAAAUAUACAUUAUUAUCAAGCGCGUAGCUCGUAUAUCAGACUUCUACCGAAGAGGCAGCAGUACAGGGGAGAAAGAUUUAGACUAAAUGUUGAGUAACAGAAUAUUCACGAGCUUCCCGAGGUUAAAUGGGAGUAAAUAUGCGAACACAUUCAUGCGUGGAAAUGGCAACCGAAACAAUACAGAUUUCAUCCUUUAGAAGGACAGCACAGACACUAAGGUUGUGAAGUGAAACAACGCAAAACCUACAAACCUAUGAGUGGGACAGUAAACGGCACAGAGAAAGUAUAUGAUUUUACGGUAUCAUGUGCCGAUUUCUCGUUUAUCUCCCACCUAGCAUUGAUGCGAAUCUAGAAACAAAAGGAAAAUUUGUUCUGAUUUCGUGUCUUGCUGGGUGAAAAUAUUUACAUGUAUAAUCCAAUGACCAGUAACAGUGAAGGAGCAUAAUGGUAGAUCGAUAGUAUGCCGCCAUCCCUACUUCUAUUCGAUUCUAUAUUCUAGAUAUUCAGACGCAGUCCCAGAUACAGACCCAGAUUAUGUGACAAUCCAAGAAGAAUUUUAGAUACAGUCAACUUAUGGCUGCUGACCAUCAACACGGAAAUCAACAGGAACAUCGGCCCUUUAUGUGCCGAAACAAUAACGAAACAAACAUAGAAAUACAACACAGCAAAACUUGUUGCCAACCAAAACUGCACUAGUGUGAAGCAGCGAAAAAGAUGAUCACGUUACGUUCUAGAAACGUUAAAUGGAAUUUGAAAGCUUUAAUUUUUGUAAGAAUCUAAAGCAAACAGCAAUAAUCACUCACUAUACUAUCCUGGCCAUAAUAAACGGGCUUUCAUCAAGUUAGAACCAUCAGCAUACACAGGGACUAUCAGACAGGAUGAGGCAAUCGUUGGAAUUUGCAGAGAAGUACACAAAUAUCUACUAAGCAAACAAUCGUUAAUCCAUAGGUGACACACUGGUGGAAAGUAACGUGGAACAAUAGGGUUCUAUGAAGCAAACAAUAGGAUUCUAUAUAAAUAUACCGUGAACGACGAAAAUAAAAAACACAUGUUAGCGGAAGCGGAAGCUUGAAGGAUUGAGAAAUUGUUCGGCACAACAAGAAGGUGAGAGGGAGCUUAACGAGGCAAAAAUGGGCUUGAGCUGAAAAUACAAAAAUGUAUAAAGGAACAGCUACAAUCUACUUUGACUAAAAGGGAAACUAGAGUGGAAUAGAGAAUUGUUCUUGCUUCGCGUAUAGCGAACUUGUUACUCGUUACAUACUUUUGUUGCAAAACUGGCAAGUGAAUGGUACACCGCUCACAGAAAAAUAGGUCUUAUAGCACUAACUAACCUUGUAACUAUAUGAAACGUUAGAACGAUACGAAAUUCUGCUGGUUGCUUUUUGCCGGUAGCACAAGCAUAAAAAUCAUAUAGUAUGUACUUCAGUAAACUUUUCCUGCUACAGUUUGCCAAGCCAAUAUCAAGUCGAACGUAUGCUUCGUUCGUAAAUCGUAAAUCGAAAAUCGAUCGCUUGCUAGUCUAGAUUUUGCCAAUUCUCCUGUUCCAGUUUUGAUACGAGAGCCCGUUAGCGCAUAGAAUAGGCGAUUUCACAUGUAAUUUAACAAAUUUAAUAUUCUGCCAAAUCCAGUUAAAGCAUUUCUUGCUGUUCUUACUUACUAAAAGCAUGAAUAUCUAGGAGCUGUGUCCUUUUUUGAUCGUGCGUAAUGCGGCACGUUAUACCGCCAGGACAAAUAAAUUUGCUUAAAAUAUUAUGAGCG